GGGGGCGAUGCCCACAGCGGCGCGGCGCCUCCUCCGCACGCUCGUCAGCUCCACCUUCAGGAUGGGCGACUCGGCCUCCAGGCUGCCUCGGAGAGAAGAAGCGCUCCCCGGCAGGAGCCAGAGGAUCCAGGUGGCAGAUUACGAGCUUCUUCAAGGAGUGAAAUCACAAUUCCCUUUUUUGGAGAAGAAAAGCCAACUGGCCUAACCUUAGCGCUCCGCGAUGCUGCCUUUGCUGUGCCAACAGGGGAUAUUAACAGCAAAAGAUAAACAUCAUGUCAGUGGAAACAGAAUGGUAGAACCUUUCCCAGAGGGAACACAGAUGGCUUUGUUUGGUAUGGGCUGUUUCUGGGGAGCUGAGAGGAAGUUCUGGAGACAGAAGGGGGUCUACUCCACUCAAGUGGGUUAUGCAGGAGGGUAUACCCCGAAUCCUACCUACAAAGAAGUCUGCUCAGGUAAAACUGGCCACACAGAGGCUGUACGAGUAGUAUAUCAGCCAGAAAACAUCAGCUUUGAGAAACUGCUCAAGGUCUUCUGGGAGAAUCAUGACCCGACACAAGGAAUGCGUCAGGGUAAUGACUUUGGCACACAGUAUCGUUCGGCCAUCUACACGUUCUCCCAGGAACAGAUGGAAGCUGCCUUGAGAUCUAAAGAAGAUUAUCAAAAGGUAUUGACGGAGGGCGGUUUUGGUACCAUCACAACAGAAAUCCGGGAGGCUCCGGAGUUCUAUUACGCCGAAGAUUACCAUCAGCAGUACCUCAGCAAGAACCCCGGCGGAUACUGCGGGCUCGGGGGCACGGGGCUUUCCUGUCCGAUCGGGAUCAAUAAAUAGCCUCUGCUUAUGCCACUGCCUCGACGUUGUAUUAGGGGCUAAAAAAAAGCCGACAACCCCAAGGGGUGUUAAUCGUCCGCCUGCAGAAUCAGUCCAUAAAGAUUUGGGCACCCCGUAGGGGUGGCAUUCUGUAAUUUGAGCAGCUGGCAUUGCUUUGCAUUCAAAGACCUUAAAAAGCCAAAGGAGAGUCUGAAAUUGCUCCUGUUUACGAAUGCAGCUUCUCGCUCUGUGCAGUUCACUGGCUUUCCUUGCAAUCUCACAAUUUGGAAAGAAAAGCAACUUUUUAAAGUUUGUUGAUAAAGAGAUGAAUUAGGGGGUGGCUGCACCUGCUAACCUCUUUGCAUAGCUAAUGCUUAUAGACAUAUUUAUCAUCUUAUUUUAAUGAAUUUGCUUGUGUUAUGAGAGCUUUGACUUUUGGAGAUAAUGUUUGGGAUCAUCUUAACUAUCAAAACUCUAUAAUUUGAUAUCGUUAAGAAUGGCGAAUUUAUAAGAUCAGUAAUUCUCUCACAGUACUGCUUUCACAGCAACAUAUAAAUAUCACCUGUAGUGCCUAUUUUCUGAAACAAUUUUAGUAAAAAAAAAAGGAUAAAAAUUGUGAUGUGAUAUUUCUUGUUGACAGUUCCAAAAAGUGUAUAAACACAGAAAGAAUUCAAUGUCGUUUCCUACAUUGCAAUAAAUUACAAAAAAAAAAAAAGAAAGAAAAGAAAAGAAAAAUGUUGUCAGUGAUGUAUUCUAUGGCUCUAAAUAUAUGUCUGUGUAGAUCUGAAAAAAGGAUCAAAUAUUAUAAAAGGCUGCAGCCUGCUAAUUAAA